CGCCUGCCAGUGGGUCAUCAUUGCGCCGCCUGACGCGGCGCAACCUGGAGAGGCCACGUCACCUCUUUCAGCCCUCCUCUUCCUAUAUAAGGGCCUCCACCCCUCCUCUCUGCUCACUUUCCGCGAUCAAGUCUCAGAGCUUUCACCGGUCAAGUUCUUUCUCUUUCGCUAUCCAGCCCUCCGAGCCAAGUAAGUUUCCCCUUCCUUCUCUACUUUCCCGGUCAUGUCUUCUCAUAGUGAUAGGGUCUCUUCUUCAGAGGACUGCUCCUCUGAGGACUCCAACUCCUCUUCCUCGACCGGGUCUUCUUCUCUUGACUCUACGCCCGGUCAGGUUCCCAACUCCAUUCCCGACCCGCAUCCUGUAAAUCAGGUGCCCGGUGAAACUUUCGUGGGGAGGGAUGACCCGGUCGAUGACGAACCGGGCCCCUAUGACCCCGAACACGAAACCCGGGACGGGUGGGAGGAGCGGCUUCACGCUGCCGGUUACUUUCCGCUUCCCACUUUCUAUGUCCUUGACAUACCUUCCCGUGUAUCUAAAAUUGCUUUAAAGAAAAUCCGUAGGAGGCUCCCGGAUGGGUAUACCCUCCUCUACGAACCUAACUGGCCCAAUAUCGUUGAACCCCACCGGGAGGAUAGGAUAGGGUUCCACACCAUUUCCCUGGAUGCGGGCAUAGUUUUUCCCUUGCGCCCCCUCCUCACCGAAGUUUGCCAUGCGUUUAGGAUUCUGCCAGGUCAGAUAACUCCUAACGCGCAUCGCUACCUGCACUCCUUUGUAAAUAUUUGCUCCCACCACAAAAUAGACCCUUCAUUGCGUCUUUUUCUCUUCUGCUUCGAAGUUCUACCGGGUGGGACCGGUUGCGAGGGCUUCGUGUAUUUCAAAGGCCGCACCGGUAGGAAGUUUAUUUCUGAUGUCCCCCAAAGCAACCGGGGGUGGAAAGAAAAGUUCGUUUUUAUCGAGUUUCCCCCAUUCGUCACCCCCUUAGCCGGUCUAAAAUGGAACGACCACCUCCUCAACCAUGAGUAUACCUUACCGGCAUCGUCUCCCGAUCUCGAAGCGAGUGUUGAGAUCCUUCUUCGUGGUGAUCCGUUCACCGGGAGGAAGUACAAUUAUGGAAGCUGGGUCUGGAGGGUCGAAUCGGGUGGUGAGGGUACCUCCCCGGCCCAUGACGCAGCGGGGCGCGGGGUACCCUCCCCGGGCAACACUGCGGAGGCUGAGGGCAACUCCCACCCAGCCAAAACUUCCACGGUCAACCGCGAGACCGUGGAAAUUCUCGAUGAGGAUGGGCCUGUGGAUGACCGGUCAAGGGAGAAGGCCAAGGAGAAGGUCGGUCGCCGGCAAAAGAAGGUGGCUACCACCCAUCCCUCCUACGCCAAGAAGAGGGCGAGGUCGGAUCCUGAGCCGGCUUCCCAGUCCAUCGAAGAGGCCUUCGUCAAUCUAAGCCUAAGGCUAAAAGAGGCAGGGGAGAUCGGGCCCUAUGCAGCUAAACGGCUGGGGAUGGGCUCUCCUACAGAGUUGGCCCGGUUGAAGAAGGAAAACGAGGAGAUGGCUCAUAUCCUGAAGAGCCAGGCAGAUGAGCUCAUCCGACUCUCUGGUUUGACUGGGACAAUGAAGGCGGAGAUCUCCCAACUCAAGGAAGAGAAUGGUCAGCUCAUGGACGAAGUUUCUGCGACGAAGAGGGAGAUCGCGCUGAAGGAGCAAAGCUUCCCCGGUCGUGCAGCUGCAUGGGUGGAUGAGAACAGAGCCGAAGCCGCCCGGGUGAUGACGGCAAGCCCGGAAGCUACCACGGAGUCCUUCAGGCUUCUUUACCGGGAGCCUGAGGGAAGAAGAUGAUUACCUCUAUUGGGUCCUUUGGGUUCAAGAGCGGUCAGAAGAAAGACCGGGUUGCUUCUCACCGGGUCCUGAAGAAGAGGGACCCAGACUUUAGUGCAGCUACCUAUGGCUUGGCCCCGAUUCCGGAGGAAGAGCCUACUCCCCCCUUCCCCCUAGAUUGAUCUCCCGGCUGCGCCCGGUUGAGUUGGUUUGUAAAAUCUCCAAACUUCAUUUUCCCGGGAAUGCCCGGCGUUUCUGUAAACAUUUAUCAUUCACUUUAUGUUUGAAUGCCAUGUUUAAUUUCCAUACCGGUGGACCUUGUAUAUCU